AUGGAUAUACAAUUUGUGCUAGAUGUUUAUGCUUGUGCAGCAUAUAUCGUGUCAUAUAUUUCAAAAUCUCAAAAAGGAAUGAGUCAGCUCUUACGAAGAGCAUGUGAUGAAGCCAGAGCAGGAAAUUCCAGUAUAAAGCAACAAGUAAGAGACAUUGGCAACCAAUUUUUAAAUAGUGUUGAAAUAAGUGCUCAGGAAGCAGUUUACAUAGUUCUUCAGCUACCAAUGAGAAAAAGUUCCAGACAAGUGAUUUUUAUUAACACCACACCUCCUGAGGAAAGAGUGCAACUCUUGAAACCAAUGAAUGAAAUAGAAGAAACGGAUGAUGACUCAGAAGAAGUUCACUCUAGUGGUCUGUAUAAACAAACAGGUAUAAACAAAGACCUGCCAGUUUUGAGAAUAUUUCACUAGCUGAUUGGGCCGCAUUGUAUGAUUCUUGUCAAAAACCUUUCAUGAAAAAAUCCAAAAGUACUGAUUUGGAUAAUCUCCCACUGGAGACAAUAGAUGAUGAUGAAAACAAUGAUGAUGAACUCUUUGACUGUGCCAAAGAAAGCACACAGGUUGGAAAACCAGGAAAACCAAAACAGCAUUUAAAACCCAGAAUCAUUAGGAGUGUGUGGUUCAAUGUAAAAUCUCAAUCAGAAAAACACUACCGUGAACUUAUUAUGCUUUUUACUUCAUGGCGAAAUGAAGAAACUGAUUUAAUGGGGAACAGUUCUUCAUAUCAAGAGUAUUACCUUCUUUUGAAAGAACAGAUAGAUAAACAAAUGAUGCAGUAUGCUGUCUGUAGUGAAGAUUUAAAUGAGAUUGAACAAGAUUUACACAACACAGAUUAUAAUGAUGAGCAGUUUGAUCCCAUAGCACCAAACACACAAAAUGUUGAAUUGCAAGAUGAAGCUGAGGGUACCGAAGAUUUACAUCCUGAUUUUAGUGAAACUAUGACCUCUCUGAUGAUCUUGGCAUUCCAUCAACAUCGCUGAAUAGUGAACCACUGAUAUUGAAUGAAUUACCAGAUUGUGAUUUUCGUCAAAUGAUCCAGACACUCAAUAAAGAGCAAAAAGAAUUUUUUUAUCACAUUUUACAUCAGAUUAAAACCUCAGAAACCCCUUUCUACUGCUUCCUCAGAGGAGGGGCUGGUUUUUCGCAAAUCACAUUUAACAAAGGCUUUGUAUCAGGCAGCGCUCAAGUAUUAUAACACUAGAGCUGGUGAUGAUUUUCAUCAGAUCAAAGUUAUACUAUUAGCUCCAACUGGUAAAGCUGCAUAUACCAUUAAGGGUAACACUCUUCAUAGCACUCUGGCCAUUCCUGCCAAUCAAUCACUGAGAAAUUACAAACAGCUUGAUUCAAGUAGACUAAACACUUUGAGAAGUCAGUUUGGAGGUGUUAAAUUGAUUUUUGUUGAUGAAAUCUCAAUGGUAGGAAAUGGUAUGUUUGCAAUACAGCUAAACAAUAGGCUUAAAGAUAUAAAAGGCUGUAGAGAGGAUUUUGGAGGUGUGAGCAUAAUUGCUAUUGGUGACUUAUUCCAAUUAGAACCUGUUAUGGAUGCUUAUAUUUUCAAAGACCUCAAAAAUGUAGAUUAUGCUGUUCUUUCUCCCAGUUUAUGGCAUAAACACUUUAAAAUGUUUGAACUUAAUGAAAUCAUGCGUCAAAGAGACAGCAAAUUUUUUGCAGAACUACUUAAUAGGUUGUGUGAAGGUAAACGCACAGCUGCUGACAUUGCAAAACUUAAAGAGAGAGCUAUACAUGAAGACAUCAACAAUCCAAUAGAUGCACCUCACUUAUUUAUACAGAAUGCGAAAGUAGAUGAAUUUAAUCAAAGGGCUCAUAAUGCA